CUCAAAUAGAGAUCAUCCCCUGUAAGAUCUGCGGGGACAAGUCCUCAGGAAUCCACUACGGAGUCAUUACCUGUGAGGGCUGCAAGGGUUUCUUCCGUCGCAGCCAGCAGAACAAUGCCAUGUACUCUUGUUCCCGCCAGAGGAACUGUCUGAUCGACCGAACGAACCGCAAUCGUUGCCAGCACUGCCGCCUGCAGAAGUGUCUGGCUCUGGGCAUGAGCCGAGAUGCCGUCAAGUUUGGUCGCAUGUCAAAGAAGCAGCGCGACAGCCUCUACGCCGAGGUCCAAAAGCAUCAGAAGUCUCAAGAAUGCGUGGGCUCCAACGUCCCCACCGCUCUGUCCCUGCCCAGGGAGGAUGGAGGCUGCGGCAGCGGCGCGGACGACGGCGAGGAGGGCCUGAGUCAGGCCUACAGCAGCGGGGGGUCCACCUCCACCCUCAGCGACCUGGACGACAUCGCUGCGCUGCCCGACCUGUUCGACCUGCCGCUGACGCCCGAGGAGGCCAGCGAGUACUGCAGCCUGGAGCUGCUGGGAGGGGGAGGAGCCAGCGCAGGCAACACGUCCAACUCUUCCUCCUCGUCUUCUCCCUCCUCGUCCAAUCAGAACUCCCCGCAGCAGACAGCGAUGGACUCGACAGACAGCUGCGGGAGCCAGCUCCUUCUCACACACUCGCUGCUGGGACGCGGACGUUCACUCUUGGACCAGCUGCCCGACGACUGCUCAAUAACAGACCUUGAGCACAUCACCCAGAGUAUUGUAAAGUCUCACCUGGAAACGUGUCAGUACAGCGCCGAUGACAUGAAGAGAUUCACCUGGGUACACUACACACCCGAAGAAACACGAGCUUUUCAAAACAAGUCGGCCGAGUGGAUGUGGCAGCAGUGCGCACACCACAUCACCAAUGCCAUCCAGUACGUGGUGGAGUUUGCCAAGCGCAUAGCGGGCUUUAUGGACCUGUGCCAGAACGAUCAGAUUAUAUUACUCAAAGCAGGCUGUCUGGAGGUCCUACUCAUACGCAUGUGCCGCGCCUUUAACAGCAACAACAGCACCAUCUUCUUCAAUGGAAAAUUUGCCUCGGCUCCGUUCUUCAAAGCACUCGGGUGCGACGAUCUGGUGAGCGCCGUGUUUGAGCUGGGAAAGGGACUCUGUCGUCUGCAGCUCUCAGAUGAGGAGAUGGCCCUGUUUAGCGCUGCUGUUCUUCUAUCCCCUGAUCGACACUGGCUGACAGAAGGUCAGAAGGUUCAGAAACUCCAAGAGAAGGUCUACCUGGCUCUGCAGCACAGUCUACAGAAGAACGGUGCCUCUGAGGAGAAACUGGACAAGAUGUUGUCCAAGCUGCCCGUAAUGAAGUCAAUCUGCAACCUACACGUUGAUAAACUGGAGUUUUUCCGUCUGAUCCACCCAGAGACUGCCUACAGCUUUCCACCGCUGUACCGGGAAGUGUUUGGCAGCGAGAUGCCUCUGCCGGACUCCACCAACAGCUAGACAGAGGGACGAAAAACAAGAGAGAUGAGGAGAGCGCAUUAGAAAGUAGAGGACGCAAACGUGAGACAAGAGAGCGAGAGAAAAACCAGCGAGUAAAGCGACAAUCCAGGACUAUAGAUACUCAGUCUCCCAAAGUAGUCCUCCACUAACCCCAGCAGGCAAAGCACCUUACACUACAUAUCACAACAUACUCCUGCUCUACUAAAAAAAAAAAAAAAA